AUGGCUGCGCAGAAACGGCUGCGCAGAAACGGCUGCGCAGAAACGGCUGCGCAGAAACGGCUGCGCAGAAACGGCUGCGCCGAAACGGCUGCGCCGAAUCGGCUGCGCCGAAACGGCUGCGCAGAAACGGCUGCGCCGAAACGGCUGACCCGAAACGGCUGCGCAGAAACAGCUGCGCCGAAACAGCUGCGCCGAAACAGCUGCGCCGAAACAGCUGCGCCGAAACAGCUGCGCCGAAACAGCUGCGCAGAAACAGCUGCGCAGAAACAGCUGCGCAGAAACAGCUGCGCCGAAACAGCUGCGCAGGAACAGCUGCGCAGAAGCAGCUGCGCAGAAGCAGCUGCGCAGAAACAGCUGCGCAGAAGCAGCUGCGCAGAAGCAGCUGCGCAGAAGCAGCUGCGCAGAAGCAGCUGCGCAGAAGCAGCUGCGCAGAAGCAGCUGCGCAGGAACAGCUGCGCAGGAACAGCUGCGCAGGAACAGCUGCGCAGAAGCAGCUGCGCAGGAACAGCUGCGCAGGAGCAGCUGCGCAGGAACGGCUGCGCAGGAACGGCUGCGCAGGAACGGCUGCGCAGGAACGGCUGCGCAGGAACGGCUGCGCAGGAACGGCUGCGCAGGAACGGCUGCGCAGGAACGGCUGCGCAGGAACGGCUGCGCAGAAACGGCUGCGCAGGAACGGCUGCGCAGGAACGGCUGCGCAGGAACGGCUGCGCAGGAACGGCUGCGCAGGAACGGCUGCGCAGGAACGGCUGCGCAGCAACGGCUGCGCAGGAACGGCUGCGCAGGAACGGCUGCGCAGAAACGGCUGCGCAGAAACGGCUGCGCAGAAACGGCUGCGCAGAAACGGCUGCGCAGAAGCGGCUGCGCAGAAGCGGCUGCGCAGAAGCGUCUGCGCAGAAGCGUCUGCGCAGAAGCGUCUGCGCAGAAGCGUCUGAGCAGAAGCGGCUGCGCAGAAGCGGCUGCGCAGUAGCGGCUGCGCAGAAGCGGCUGCGCAGAAGCGGCUGCGCAGAAGCGGCUGCGCAGAAGCGGCUGCGCAGAAGCGGCUGCGCAGAUGCGGCUGCGCAGAAGCGGCUGCGCAGAAGCGGCUGCGCAGGAGAGGCUGCGCAGGAGAGGCUGCGCAGAAGCGGCUGCGCAGAAGCGGCUGCGCAGAAGCGGCUGCGCAGAAGCGGCUGCAAACGGCUGCGCAGAAACGGCUGCGCAGAAACGGCGGCGCAGAAACGGCUGCGCAGGAACGGCUGCGCAGGAACGGCUGCGCAGGAACGGCUGCGCAGGAACGGCUGCGCAGGAACGGCUGCGCAUGAACGGCUGCGCCGAAACAGCUGCGCCGAAACAGCUGCGCCGAAACAGCUGCGCCGAAACAGCUGCGCCGAAACAGCUGCGCCGAAACAGCUGCGCCGAAACAGCUGCGCCGAAACAGCUGCGCCGAAACAGCUGCGCAGAAACAGCUGCGCCGAAACAGCUGCGCAGAAACAGCUAGGCAGAAACAGCAGCGCCGAAACAGCUGCGCCGAAACAGCUGCGCAGAAACAGCUGCGCCGAAACAGCUGCGCAGAAACAGCUAGGCAGAAACAGCUGCGCAGAAGCAGCUGCGCAGAAGCAGCUGCGCAGAAACAGCUGCGCAGAAGCAGCUGCGCAGAAGCAGCUGCGCAGACGCAGCUGCGCAGAAACAGCUGCGCAGAAGCAGCUGCGCAGAAACAGCUGCGCAGAAGCAGCUGCGCAGAAGCAGCUGCGCAGAAACAGCUGCGCAGAAACAGCUGCGCAGGAACAGCUGCGCAGGAACAGCUGCGCAGAAACGGCUGCGCAGGAACGGCUGCGCAGGAACGGCUGCGCAGGAACGGCUGCGCAGAAACGGCUGCGCAGGAACGGCUGCGCAGGAACGGCUGCGCAGGAACGGCUGCGCAGGAACGGCUGCGCAGGAACGGCUGCGCAGGAACGGCUGCGCAGCAACGGCUGCGCAGCAACGGCUGCGCAGGAACGGCUGCGCAGGAACGGCUGCGCAGGAACGGCUGCGCAGGAACGGCUGCGCAGAAACGGCUGCGCAGAAACGGCUGCGCAGGAACGGCUGCGCAGGAACGGCUGCGCAGAAACGGCUGCGCAGAAACGGCUGCGCAGUAACGGCUGCGCAGGAACGGCUGCGCAGAAACGGCUGCGCAGAAACGGCUGCGCAGGAACGGCUGCGCAGAAACGGCUGCGCAGAAACGGCUGCGCAGAAACGGCUGCGCUGAAGCGGCUGCGCAGAAGCGGCUGCGCAGAAGCGGCUGCGCAGAAGCGGCUGCGCAGAAGCGGCUGCGCAGAAGCGGCUGCGCAGAAGCGGCUGCGCAGAAGCGGCUGCGCAGAAACGGCUGCGCAGAAACGGCUGCGCAGAAGCGGCUGCGCAGAAACGGCUGCGCAGAAACGGCUGCGCAGAAGCGGCUGCGCAGAAGCGGCUGCGCAGAAGCGGCUGCGCAGAAGCGGCUGCGCAGAAGCGGCUGCGCAGAAGCGGCUGCGCAGAAGCGGCUGCGCAGAAGCGGCUGCGCAGAAGCGGCUGCGCAGAAGCGGCUGCGCAGAAGCGGCUGCGCAGAAGCGGCUGCGCAGAAGCGGCUGCGCAGAAGCGGCUGCGAAGAAGCGGCUGCGAAGAAGCGGCUGCGCAGAAGCGGCUGCGCAGAAGCGGCUUCGCAGAAGCGGCUGCGCUGAAGCGGCUGCGCAGAAGCGGCUGCGCAGAAGCGGCUGCGCAGAAACGGCUGCGCAGAAACGGCUGCGCAGAAGCGGCUGCGCAGAAGCGGCUGCGCAGAAGCGGCUGCGCAGAAGCGGCUGCGCAGAAGCGGCUGCGCAGAAGCGGCUGCGCAGAAGCGGCUGCGCAGAAGCGGCUGCGCAGAAGCGGCUGCGCAGAAGCGGCUGCGCAGAAGCGGCUGCGCAGAAACGGCUGCGCAGAAACGGCUGCGCAGAAACGGCUGCGCAGAAGCGGCUGCGCAGAAGCGGCUGCGCAGAAACGGCUGCGCAGAAGCGGCUGCGCAGAAGCGGCUGCGCAGAAACGGCUGCGCAGAAGCGGCUGCGCAGAAGCGGCUGCGCAGAAGCGGCUGCGCAGAAGCGGCUGCGCAGAAGCGGCUGCGCAGAAGCGGCUGCGCAGAAGCGGCUGCGCAGAAGCGGCUGCGCAGAAGCGGCUGCGCAGAAGCGGCUGCGCAGAAGCGGCUGCGCAGAAGCGGCUGCGCAGAAGCGGCUGCGCAGAAGCGGCUGCGCAGAAGCGGCUGCGCAGAAGCGGCUGCGCAGAAGCGGCUGCGCAGAAGCGGCUGCGCAGAAGCGGCAGCGCAGAAGCGGCUGCGCAGAAGCGGCUGCGCAGAAGCGGCUGCGCAGAAGCGGCUGCGCAGAAGCGGCUGCGCUGAAACGGCUGCGCAGAAACGGCUGCGCAGAAACGGCUGCGCAGAAACGGCUGCGCAGAAACGGCUGCAAACGGCUGCGCAGAAACGGCUGCGCAGAAACGGCUGCGCAGAAACGGCUGCGCAUAAACGGCUGCGCAGAAACAGCUGCGCAGAAACAGCUGCGCAGAAACAGCUGCGCAGAAACAGCUGCGCCGGAACAGCUGCGCAGGAACAGCUGCGCAGGAACAGCUGCGCAGGAACAGCUGCGCAGGAACAGCUGCGCAGGAACAGCUGCGCAGGAACAGCUGCGCAGGAACAGCUGCGCAGGAACAGCUGCGCAGGAACAGCUGCGCAGGAACGGCUGCGCAGAAACGGCUGCGCAGGAACGGCUGCGCAGGAACGGCUGCUCAGGAACGGCUGCGCAGGAACGGCUGCGCAGGAACGGCUGCGCAGGAACGGCUGCGCAGGAACGGCUGCGCAUGAACGGCUGCGCAGAAACGGCUGCGCAGAAACGGCUGCGCAGAAACGGCUGCGCAGAAACGGCUGCGCAGAAACGGCUGCGCCGAAACGGCUGCGCCGAAACGGCUGCGCCGAAACGGCUGCGCCGAAACGGCUGCGCCGAAACGGCUGCGCCGAAACGGCUGCGCCGAAACGGCUGCGCCGAAACGGCUGCGCAGAAACGGCUGCGCCGAAACGGCUGCACAGAAACGGCUGCGCCGAAACGGCUGCGCAGGAACGGCUGCGCAGAAACGGCUGCGCAGAAACGGCUGCGCAGAAACGGCUGCGCAGAAACGGCUGCGCAGAAACGGCUGCGCAGAAGCGGCUGCGCAGAAACGGCUGCGCAGAAACGGCUGCGCAGAAGCGGCUGCGCAGAAACGGCUGCGCAGAAUCGGCUGCGCAGAAGCGGCUGCGCAGAAGCGGCUGCGCAGAAGCGGCUGCGCAGAAGCGGCUGCGCAGAAGCGGCUGCGCAGAAGCGGCUGCGCAGAAGCGGCUGCGCAGAAGCGGCUGCGCAGAAGCGGCAGCGCAGAAGCGGCUGCGCAGAAGCGGCUGCGCAGAAGCGGCUGCGCAGAAGCGGCUGCGCUGAAACGGCUGCGCAGAAACGGCUGCGCAGAAACGGCUGCGCAGAAACGGCUGCGCAGAAACGGCUGCGCAGAAACGGCUGCGCAGAAAUGGCUGCGCAGAAACGGCUGCGCAGAAACGGCUGCGCAGAAACGAAACGGCUGCGCAGAAACGGCUGCGCAGAAACAGCUGCGCAGAAACAGCUGCGCAGAAACAGCUGCGCAGAAACAGCUGCGCAGAAACAGCUGCGCAGAAACAGCUGCUCAAGAACAGCUGCGCAGAAACAGCUGCGCAGGAACAGUUGCGCAGAAACAGCUGCGCAGGAACAGCUGCGCAUGAACAGCUGCGCAGAAACAGCUGCGCAGAAACAGCUGCGCAGAAACAGCUGCGCAGAAACAGCUGCGCAGAAACGGCUGCGCAGAAACGACUGCGCAGAAACGGCUGCGCAGAAACGGCUGCGCAGAAACGGCUGCGCAGAAACGGCUGCGCCGAAACGGCUGCGCCGAAUCGGCUGCGCCGAAACGGCUGCGCAGAAACGGCUGCGCCGAAACAGCUGCGCAGAAACAGCUGCGCCGAAACAGCUGCGCAGGAACAGCUGCGCAGAAACAGCUGCGCAGAAACAGCUGCGCAGAAACAGCUGCGCAGAAACAGCUAGGCAGAAACAGCUGCGCAGAAACAGCUGCGCAGAAACAGCUGCGCAGAAACAGCUGCGCAGAAGCAGCUGCGCAGAAGCAGCUGCGCAGAAACAGCUGCGCAGAAGCAGCUGCGCAGAAGCAGCUGCGCAGAAACAGCUGCGCAGAAGCAGCUGCGCAGAAGCAGCUGCGCAGAAGCAGCUGCGCAGAAGCAGCUGCGCAGAAGCAGCUGCGCAGAAGCAGCUGCGCAGAAGCAGCUGCGCAGGAACAGCUGCGCAGGAACAGCUGCGCAGAAGCAGCUGCGCAGGAACAGCUGCGCAGAAGCAGCUGCGCAGAAACAGCUGCGCAGGAACAGCUGCGCAGGAACAGCUGCGCAGGAACAGCUGCGCAGGAACAGCUGCGCAGGAACAGCUGCGCAGGAACAGUUGCGCAGGAACAGCUGCACAGGAACAGCUGCGCAGGAACAGCUGCGCAGAAACGGCUGCGCAGAAACGGCUGCGCAGGAACGGCUGCGCAGCAACGGCUGCGCAGGAACGGCUGCGCAGGAACGGCUGCGCAGGAACGGCUGCGCAGAAACGGCUGCGCAGAAACGGCUGCGCAGGAGCGGCUGCGCAGAAGCGGCUGCGCAGAAGCGGCUGCGCAGAAGCGGCUGCGCAGAAGCGGCUGCGCAGAAGCGUCUGCGCAGAAGCGGCUGCGCAGAAGCGGCUGCGCAGAAGCGGCUGCGCAGAAGCGGCUGCGCAGAAGCGGCUGCGCAGAAACGGCUGCGCAGAAACGGCUGCGCAGAAACGGCUGCGCAGAAACGGCUGCGCAGAAACGGCUGCGCAGAAACGGCUGCGCAGAAACGGCUGCGCAGAAACGGCUGCGCAGAAACGGCUGCGCAUAAACAAACGGCGGCGCAGAAACGGCGGCGCAGAAACGGCUGCGCAGGAACGGCUGCGCAGGAACGGCUGCGCAGGAACGGCUGCGCAUGAACGGCUGCGCCGAAACAGCUGCGCCGAAACAGCUGCGCCGAAACAGCUGCGCCGAAACAGCUGCGCCGAAACAGCUGCGCCGAAACAGCUGUGCAGAAACAGCUGCGCCGAAACAGCUGCGCAGAAACAGCUAGGCAGAAACAGCAGCGCCGAAACAGCUGCGCCGAAACAGCUGCGCAGAAACAGCUGCGCCGAAACAGCUGCGCAGAAACAGCUAGGCAGAAACAGCUGCGCAGAAGCAGCUGCGCAGAAGCAGCUGCGCAGACGCAGCUGCGCAGAAACAGCUGCGCAGAAGCAGCUGCGCAGAAACAGCUGCGCAGAAGCAGCUGCGCAGAAGCAGCUGCGCAGAAACGGCUGCGCAGGAACGGCUGCGCAGGAACGGCUGCGCAGGAACGGCUGCGCAGGAACGGCUGCGCAGGAACGGCUGCGCAGGAACGGCUGCGCAGGAACGGCUGCGCAGCAACGGCUGCGCAGGAACGGCUGCGCAGGAACGGCUGCGCAGGAACGGCUGCGCAGGAACGGCUGCGCAGCAACGGCUGCGCAGCAACGGCUGCGCAGGAACGGCUGCGCAGGAACGGCUGCGCAGAAACGGCUGCGCAGAAACGGCUGCGCAGGAACGGCUGCGCAGAAACGGCUGCGCAGAAUCGGCUGCGCAGAAACGGCUGCGCAGAAACGGCUGCGCAGAAACGGCUGCGCAGAAACGGCUGCGCAGAAACGGCUGCGCAGAAGCGGCUGCGCAGAAGCGGCUGCGCAGAAGCGGCUGCGCAGAAGCGGCUGCGCAGAAGCGGCUGCGCAGAAGCGGCUGCGCAGAAACGGCUGCGCAGAAACGGCUGCGCAGAAGCGGCUGCGCAGAAGCGGCUGCGCAGAAGCGGCUGCGCAGAAGCGGCUGCGCAGAAGCGGCAGCGCAGAAGCGGCAGCGCAGAAGCGGCUGCGCAGAAGCGGCUGCGCAGAAGCGGCUGCGCAGAAGCGGCUGCGAAGAAGCGGCUGCGCAGAAGCGGCUGCGCAGAAGCGGCUGCGCAGAAGCGGCUGCGCUGAAGCGGCUGCGCAGAAGCGGCUGCGCAGAAGCGGCUGCGCAGAAGCGGCUGCGCAGAAGCGGCUGCGCAGAAGCGGCUGCGCAGAAACAGCUGCGCAGAAGCAGCUGCGCAGAAGCAGCUGCGCAGAAACAGCUGCGCAGGAGCAGCUGCGCAGGAGCAGCUGCGCAGGAGCAGCUGCGCAGGAGCAGCUGCGCAGGAGCAGCUGCGCAGGAACAGCCGCGCAGGAACGGCCGCGCAGGAACGGCCGCGCAGGAACGGCCGCGCAGGAACGGCCGCGCAGGAACGGCCGCGCAGGAACGGCCGCGCAGGAACGGCCGCGCAGGAACGGCCGCGCAGCAACGGCCGCGCAGGAACGGCCGCGCAGGAACGGCCGCGCAGGAACGGCCGCGCAGGAACGGCCGCGCAGGAACGGCCGCGCAGGAACGGCCGCGCAGGAACGGCCGCGCAGGAACGGCCGCGCAGGAACGGCCGCGCAGGAACGGCCGCGCAGAAACGGCCGCGCAGAAACGGCCGCGCAGAAACGGCCGCGCAGAAACGGCCGCGCAGAAACGGCCGCGCAGAAACGGCCGCGCAGAAACGGCUGCGCAGAAACGGCUGCGCAGAAGCGGCCGCGUGAAGCGGCUGCGCAGAAGCGGCUGCGCAGAAGCGGCUGCGCAGAAGCGGCUGCGCAGAAGCGGCUGCGCAGAAGCGGCUGCGCAGAAGCGGCUGCGCAGAAGCGGCUGCGCAGAAGCGGCUGCGCAGAAGCGGCUGCGCAGAAGCGGCUGCGCAGAAGCGGCUGCGCAGAAGCGGCUGCGCAGAAGCGGCUGCGCAGAAGCGGCUGCGCAGAAGCGGCUGCGCAGAAGCGGCUGCGCAGAAGCGGCUGCGCAGAAACGGCUGCGCAGAAACGGCUGCGCAGAAACGGCUGCGCAGAAACGAAACAGCUGCGCAGAAACAGCUGCGCAGAAACAGCUGCGCAGAAACAGCUGCGCAGAAACAGCUGCGCAGAAACAGCUGCGCAGAAACAGCUGCGCAGGAACAGCUGCGCAGGAACAGCUGCGCAGGAACAGCUGCGCAGGAACAGCUGCGCAGGAACAGCUGCGCAGGAACAGCUGCGCAGCAACGGCCGCGCAGAAACGGCCGCGCAGAAACGGCCGCGCAGGAACGGCCGCGCAGGAACGGCCGCGCACAAACGGCUGCGCAGGAACGGCUGCGCAGGAACGGCUGCGCAGAAACGGCUGCGCAGAAACGGCUGCGCAGAAACGGCUGCGCAGAAACGGCUGCGCAGAAACGGCUGCGCAGAAACGGCUGCGCAGAAGCGGCCGCGUGAAGCGGCUGCGCAGAAACGGCUGCGCAGAAGCGGCUGCGCAGAAGCGGCUGCGCAGAAGCGGCUGCGCAGAAACGGCUGCGCAGAAGCGGCUGCGCAGAAGCGGCUGCGCAGAAGCGGCUGCGCAGAAGCGGCUGCGCAGAAGCGGCUGCGCAGAAGCGGCUGCGCAGAAGCGGCUGCGCAGAAGCGGCUGCGCAGAAGCGGCAGCGCAGAAGCGGCUGCGCAGAAGCGGCUGCGCAGAAGCGGCUGCGCAGAAGCGGCUGCAAACAGCUGCGCAGAAACAGCUGCGCAGAAACAGCUGCGCAGAAACAGCUGCGCAGAAACAGCUGCGCAGAAACAGCUGCUCAAGAACAGCUGCGCAGAAACAGCUGCGCAGGAACAGCUGCGCAGGAACAGCUGCGCAGGAACAGCUGCGCAGGAACAGCUGCGCAGGAACAGCUGCGCAGGAACAGCUGCGCAGGAACAGCUGCGCAGGAACAGCUGCGCAGCAACGGCCGCGCAGAAACGGCCGCGCAGAAACGGCCGCGCAGGAACGGCCGCGCAGGAACGGCCGCGCAGGAACGGCCGCGCACAAACGGCCGCGCAGGAACGGCUGCGCAGGAACGGCUGCGCAGAAACGGCUGCGCAGAAACGGCUGCGCAGAAACGGCUGCGCAGAAACGGCUGCGCAGAAACGGCUGCGCAGAAACGGCUGCGCAGAAACGGCUGCGCAGAAGCGGCCGCGUGAAGCGGCUACGCAGAAACGGCUGCGCAGAAGCGGCUGCGCAGAAGCGGCUGCGCAGAAGCGGCUGCGCAGAAACGGCUGCGCAGAAGCGGCUGCGCAGAAGCGGCUGCGCAGAAGCGGCUGCGCAGGAGCGGCUGCGCAGAAGCGGCUGCGCAGAAGCGGCUGCGCAGAAGCGGCUGCGCAGAAGCGGCAGCGCAGAAGCGGCUGCGCAGAAGCGGCUGCGCAGAAGCGGCUGCGCAGAAGCGGCUGCGCUGAAACGGCUGCGCAGAAACGGCUGCGCAGAAACGGCUGCGCAGAAACGGCUGCGCAGAAACGGCUGCGCAGAAACGGCUGCGCAGAAACGGCUGCGCAGAAACGGCUGCGCAGAAACGGCUAG